CUUUUCCACUCGCUUUCGCGCCUGCACCCUCGCCUGAUGGUCAGCCCAAUGCUCCCAAUGCUGUGACAACGUCGACCAUACCACUCUCCCCGACGACCUGACAUUAUUCCACCUGGAGUCCUCGGCUCCAAUUCGCUCUCUGGAAUCACUAAUUGACCACGCCCGCCCGCAGACCACAUUCUUUACCGUAGCAUCUUGCGCGCCAGCCAGCCAUCCCUCAGGCCAGACUUGGACAACACUCACAGAUAGAUCGUCGUCGCGAUACACCUGCUCACCACGGCUUCUUGUCGAGCGACAAACAAGACGCGACCGAACGACGACAAACUUUGGUCUCCCCGCCAACCGCCACGGCAUAAACCAAUCACUGGCACGAUAAACCGAUUAUGAAACUCUCCAUUGCGCUGCUCCAGGCAGCCGUUGUGGUAUCCGCGGCGCAGCAGGCCCACCACCAUGGACAUCAGCAUCUGCACCAGGAAAAGCGCGAGCCACAGGCUCCAGCCGGCUACGAAUCUGUUGACGUCCCGACGCAGGUUGUAUACGUGCUGAACGGGCACCCUAUCUCUGAGACAGAAGUCCAACAGGGAAUCAAUAACGGUACUCUGGUCUUCGCCGAUGGUUCACUUUCCGAUGCGCCGCCGAGCUAUGAGGAGCCACCACCAAGCUAUGGGCCGCCCCCGUCUUCCAGCAGCAGCAGCACCAGUACUAGCACCAGUACUAGCAGCAGCAGCACUAGCAGUAGCAGCAGCAGCAGCACCAGAAUCAGCACCAGCACCCCUGCUCCUACCACGAGCGUCAGCAAGCCCACCCCGACACCCAAGGCAAGCACUCCACCACCCAGUCCACCAGGACCACCACCCAAGCCAUCCCCACCAGGCUAUGGAAGUGGUGGUGGAAGCGGCGUUGAUGCUGACUUCCCCGACGGAACUUUGUCGUGCGAACACUUCCCAUCAGAAUAUGGUCCCAUUCCUGUAGAGUGGACUGGACUUGGGGGCUGGACUGGUGUCCAGUGCCCAGGCGCGGGUUCUGACUCGACUGGCUUCACCAAUAUCGAGACCGUCACUCCAGGCGGAACUUGCAGAGAAGGCGCGUAUUGCUCGUACGCCUGCCCACCUGGUUAUACAAAGACGCAAUGGCCUCUGUUGCAAGGGAUGACUGGUCAGUCCGUUGGUGGAGUUUUGUGCCAAAAUGGAAAACUUCACUUGACCAAUCCCGACUUGUCGAAGAAGCUCUGUAUGAAGGGAACGGACAAGGUCCAGGUCCUUGUGAAGAACAAACUCCCCAAGAACGUGGCUGUUUGUGGGACAGACUAUCCUGGUUUGGAGUCAGAGACCAUUCCUACCGAUGUUGGACCCGGCGAAACCAAGAACCUCACAUGCCCCGAUGCCGAAAAAGCCUACAAGUGGCAGGGCCGCAGCACUUCUGCGCAGUACUACGUCAACCCAGCGGGCGUACCGGUCGAGAAGGCCUGCUGUUGGGGUACUCCUGACAACCCCUGGGGUAACUUCGCUCCGAUGAAUCUUGGUGUCGGUUACUCCAACGGCGCCGCAUGGCUGUCUAUCUUCCAAAACGCACCCACCACCAACGCUAAGCUGGAGUUCACUGUCGAGAUCGUCGGCGACACCCUCAGCGGCAGCUGUAAAUAUUCGGAUGGCCAAUACUGCUCAGGAACUUCAUGCAGCCCAGUCACAGGUUGCACGGUUUCGCUCAGCUCUGGCACAGCAACCUUUGUGUUCUCCUAGUUCUGAUCGUAUGGUGCAGGCAGCGACCUUUUGGCACGAUACGCACGAUGACCAAGACGAUAUCGUAAAUUUCUCCAUGCUUUCACUGUCUCGGCCGCCAUGACAGUGCUUCAACGGUGUGCGUUGUUCAAGCCCAUAUAGGUACUGCUCGAACGUACCGCAACAUAUAACACAGCAUCUGCUUCACGUGCUUGAUCCUCGCCGUGCGAGUUCGGUGCUUGGCCGCCGCUUGCACGUUUCAAAAUCUGCAUUUUGGUGUCGGACAUGUUUGUUCAUUAUUCAAGUCUAUCGUGUUAGUGGAGGGCUAAAAGGGCGCUAUUUGCUGCCAUUCGUCUGUGGAAAAGGGUUUCAGGCAUUGUAUCUGCGCCAGAAGACCAGAGCCAACAAGCAAGGCUGGUGCAAUGCAAUGGGGAUCUGCUGCGAUGAUUCCCGCCCACGAACUUGUGUACAUAAUGUUUUUGUUAACCUUCGUAACGCGCCUCUCCAACUUUUCC